AUGAACAACAACAACAAAUACUCUCAUCAUCAAGCGCGAAGACAGCAGUUGUCCAAGUGCAUUCGCGCGACGGGGUUAAUUAUAUUUGGGAUGCUUGUUUUGAGCGUCCAAGAGAGUUGGUAUUAUUCCUCCUCCUCCUCCUCCUCCUCCUCCUCCUCCUCCUCGAAUUAUACUCCCUCUAAUGAGGUGCGAAAGAGAGCGAACGAGGAGUGGGCGAACGCGAAAGCAUACGGAGCAGGAGGAGGAGAAGAGAGCGGAGAACACCACUCGUCCUUUCGGUAUCAGUUUAUGCAUAAUCAUCAUCAAAACAGUAAUCAUCACUCGCACAGCAGCGAUAGUGAAGAUCCGUUGGAUCUGCGAAAACGAUUGAAGCGAGCCUUAACGGCGCGUCCACCGGCGUUUGAGAGAGCGUUGAUGGAAUACGUUGAGAAACACAAGAGCGCGACGGAGGUAUCGAAGAAAGACAGUGAGAAUCACAAGUACAUUGUAUACGUAUCUGGAGGGAACGACGGGUACGGGAAUAGGUUACCAGGCGUGGCGAUGGCGUUUUUGUGGGCGUUGUUGACGGAUAGAGUGUUGUUGGUGCAUUGGAGAGAUACGUUUCCGAACCCGGCGAGUUGGGGGAAGUUGUUUCAACCGGGCGUGGAGAUGGACGUGGAUAAAUUGAGAGAUAGUUUGAGCGAUAAGAUUCUGCAGUACGUCCCAUUUGGAUCUUCCGCGUCGUGUGGAAAUAGUAACAAAAAAGGAAGUAGCAGUAAUAGCGGAUGCGCGAUGGUUGUUCGAGACGAUUACGCGAAAAUCGCAUCGAAAGAUUUAAAUCAGCAGUACCCGGAGAAAGUGUUGUUGUUCAAAUCGGACGAUUACGCCAUGCCUUUGCUGGUAAACAACGAAAAUUACAAAGAUCAAGUGAAGUCAUUAUUCAACAACAAGCAUGCGAACGUGUUCGGGCACAUCGCGAGAUGGUUAUUGACUCCGUCGCCAAAGAUUCAAAAAACCGUCGAUCGAACGUUUGAGAGUUUAGGAAAAUAUAAUUUUGGCAUGCACUUACGCAUGCAAAAACCAAUGCCGGCAGGUGGUGAUAAAGGAGUGAAAGUGCCCGAUCCGGAGGUUUUUUUCAAGUUUGCGCGAAUGCGUGCCGAAGCGUUGGGAUUUCCAGCCUCUGAUACUGUGUUUUACUUAGCCUCCGACGAUUCGCGCGCUCGCGAUCGAGCGACGGAGUAUUUUAGCAAAAGAGGAUUAACCGUGCGCUUUAUGGAAGGUAUUAAAUUUGGUAACGACGGCGACCGGGGGUCGGUGGAAUCGUUACAAAAUGCCAUCGCAGAAAUGCGCGUUUUGAGCAUGUGCGAUGAGAUUGUCGGUUCGUACGGAUCCUCGUUUUCCGCCGUGGCUGCGAGCUGGGGUGCGAUUACAAAGUACGAUAUUCGAGCGGACGGUUCGUAUUGGAACACCGCGUGGAACGAACCGUGUUGGCGAUUCGCGAGCAGAGGACAUAACGCGGCGAUUAGCGAUGCUGCGUCGCUUCCUUACCACGAAGGAUGUCACGAAGGUAUGUCCACGUUUAAAGAUUGGCAAAAAUCAAACUGGAAUAAAGGCAAAGGACUUUAG